CAAUAAUUGGAUGAUUUGUUCCGCCAAGUAAAAAAUAACAAUUUUAACUUAUGCACUAACACAGCGGACAGCCACCGCCUGCACCUACUUCUUCCAAUUCCUUCCAUUUUUUUCUUCAACUCGUUCGUCUCCUUCUUCUUUUCUUUUCUUCUUCAAACAUUCAAGGGAAUCAGAGAAGGGUCGUCGGAUUCGGUGUAAGUGAACCAGCUUCAGUUCCUCAAUUUUUUGCGUCAAAGCCAGUCACCGAUGCUCAUCGCCAUGGCCGCUGCCCUGCCCUAAUUUCAUCGUUCAGCUACUGCUCCCUCUUUUUCUUCCUUUCUUUGCACUUUUACAUUUUCAUUUCCAUUCCAAUUUCCCCCUUUAUUAAAGAAACUUGCGGCUUCUUUUGCGUUCAAGCGAUUUGCAGAUUUCGUGUUUUUAUUCUUUCUUCGUGUGCUUGGCGUCGAGGGUGGGUGGGGCGGGUUUUUUUUAUUGCUUUUGUUAUAUAUUUUGGUCGGUGAUUAUCGAAGAAGGCUAGCACGCCAUCGACCAGCCCAACUUGAAGUUCCGAUCCGGCAACUCGCUAUCCAACCCGAAUCUUUGAGAGAUCCGUCGGAUCAUAGGCUGCCUGGGUUUGAACCGAUCUGGGCUGAGCCGGUCUGCUCGCUCUGAUCCUUGAACCGGUUCACUGACUUCAUUCGAAUACAGAUCCUCUUCGAUUCGCGAUUAGCGCCGAUGCGUUCCGAUCGAUCUCUUCGUCCUUUCUCCGGUGAAUCUGUCCGGCGAGUUGGGAAAUUCUCCUUCUCCAUCGAUGCAUGUCACCCCCUUGAAGUUGGAUGAGGCUUAAUUUCGGCAAUAUUACCUUAUAUUGGGUUUCGGUUUAGCUGUGUUUGUUGCGUUUCGUGGCGUGUCAUUUGUGAUUGGGUCUUGGAUGUGUGAUUGACGUCGGUUGGUUUGAUAUUAGGGUGAAUUUUCUAAGGAUAUAAAUUCAGCUGGAUAUUUUCAAGAUGGCUUCAGUGGGUGUGGCACCUACUUCUGGCCCAAGGGAGUCGAGUAAUAAUUCUGUAGGGGUUGAUAGUUUGCUUGAGGAAAUGAGCGACAUGAAAAUUCACAAUGAUAAGGUAACGAAGAUGGCAAAAAAUGAAGUUUUAACUGUAAAGGAUGCAGUACAUAAGCUUCAACUUUAUCUUCUCGAAGGAAUAGAAAAUGAGAAACAACUAUUGGCAGCUGGUUCAUUGAUGUCACGAAGUGACUAUCAAGAUGUGGUGACUGAGCGCACAAUAGCCCAUACGUGUGGUUACCCGCUUUGCAGCAAUUCUUUACCUUCCGAGCAACCACGGAAGGGCCGCUACCGUAUCUCACUGAAGGAGCAUAAAGUCUAUGAUCUUCAAGAAACAUAUAUGUAUUGCUCAGCCACCUGUUUGAUACAUAGUCGAGCCUUUUCUGCAAGUUUGCUAGAGGAGAGAUCAUCAACUCUGAACACUGCCAAAAUAAAAAAAGUUCUAAAUCUGUGUGAUGGUUUAGGUUUAGAAUCUGCUGUGAAUAUGGGAAAGGAUGGAGAUUUAGAAAUUUCAAAUCUGAAGAUUCACGAGAAAGCGGACACGAAAACUGCAGAAGUCUCUUUGGAUGAAUGGAUUGGCCCCUCAAAUGCUAUUGAUGGAUACGUACCAAAGAGAGAUCAGAAAUUGGAAUCUCAGAAAGAAAAUAGUUUCAAAAAAGAUGUAAAACAGAAACGAGUUGUUCCUGAAGAUAGGUAUAAUCUGCCAAAUGUAGCAGACUUUCUGGGCAAUGACAUGGACUUCACUAGUACUAUCAUAACUCAAGAUGAGUAUAGCAUUUCAAAGGCAGUUGCCCCUACAAAGGCUAAAGAACCAAGGGGAAAAGCUAUCUGUAAAGAGCCCAAUAGUCUUGGAAAAACAGAGCAAAAGCCAGCUGCUUCUUUGGUGAACGCUCGGGAUGCCAAAAUCAAGAAGUUAAAUGAACAUAAGAACUUGCCUGCAACAGAUAUCAAUGUAUUAGAAGAUGCAGCUUGUCUUAACCAAAGCGAUGCUACAAAGGAAGAGAAUCUCCAAUUGGGGAAGCCAUUUGCAGCUGGACCUAGCCAAAAUGGUGCUUCGGAGGAAGAACAUAAACGAUUAAUGGAGAAGCAACCUGCAGCUGGUCCUUCUCUCCUGAAAUCUUCUCUAAGGACGAAAGCUUCAAAAAAAGAAACCCGGUCUGUUACCUGGGCUGACAAUACAAGUAAUGGUGAUGGGCAAGGUGUUGGAAAAUUGAAUGAUGAUGAGAAAGGAGCUGCAGCCGAAUCUUAUUCUAUGAAUGAGGAAGCGAGUGAGGAAUCAUAUCGAUUAGCAUCUGCUGAAGCCUGUGCAAGAGCUCUAAGUGAGGCUGAGGAAGCUGUCUCAUCCGGAAAAUCUGAUGUAUCCGAUGCUGUGUCUGAAGCAGGUGUGACAAUAUUGCCACCUUCCCUUGGAUUGGAUGAAUCUAAAUCUGACAAAAGUGUGGAAAUUGUGGACACCGACCCUGUUACACUGAAGUGGCCUCCAAAACCAGGUACUUCAAAUGAUGAUCUAUUGGACUCUGAGGAUUCAUGGUAUGAUAGUCCCCCAGAUGGGUUCAAUUUAAAUCUGUCGUCUUUUUCUACAAUGUUUAUGGCAAUCUUUGCCUGGAUAUCAUCAUCCUCUUUAGCUUAUAUAUACGGAAAGGAGGAAAGUUUUCAUGAGGAUUACUUAUCUGUGAAUGGAAGGGAGUAUCCACGCAAGAUAGUAUUGUCCGAUGGCCGGUCCUCUGAAAUUAAGCAAACUCUAGCUGAUUGCCUUUCGAGAGCCUUGCCUGGACUUGUUGCAGAAAUCAGGCUUCCUAUUCCAAUAUCUAUCCUGGAGCAAGGAAUUGUACGCUUAUUAGAGACAAUGUCUUUCACUGAUUCUCUUCCCGGAUUCCGGAUGAAGCAGUGGCAAGUUCUAAUUCUGUUGUUUCUGGAUGCUCUUUCUGUCAGCAGAAUCCCUACACUUGCCCCAUAUUUGAUGGGCUCAAGGAUUCAUCUUCCCAGGGUACUCGAGGGAGCACAUAUCAGUACCGAAGAAUAUGAGCUAAUGAAGGAUUUGAUCAUCCCACUUGGUCGAGUGCCUCAAUUCUCAACUCAGAGUGGCGGCUAGGCUAAUCAUCCGGUGAUCUAUCCUUAUCACAGUUAUUAUUUUCAAUAGAUGUUAUAUCUUUGUUGCCCUCAUGCAGUUCAUAAUUCGACAAAAUUUUAAAUAUAUAGCCCCUAAUUAUUCAAACGAAGAAAUUUCUUUAGACAAAAGUUACGUGUGAGUUUUGAAGAGAUUUUAGGCCACAACAUUUCUUCCUAUGUCUCUCUAUCUCCUUACUUUCCAGUGAAAGAAUUUGUUGGGAUGAGUAUGUGGUGAGUUGCCUGUUGGCAGUGCCCUGGAUUUUGAUGGUUUAAUAAUUCAACCAAACAACUUCAUUAAUGUUCAUAAUAAUACUUUAGACAUGACAGCUGAGUUUUGGCCCAAGAUGUCACAUUCAUUUUGUAUUUAAUUUGGGUGUUGUUUGGGUAUAUAAUAUUUUUUCUUUGUGGUACACAAAAGUAUGCUU